AACAUUCUACUCUACUAAGCUAGGGCUCCACUGUUCAACCUUGUUCAUUCUUCUCUAACAGCAGCAGAGAGAAGGGGAGAGAGAAUGCUGUCUGGGGAUAUACCUCCGAACCAGACCAUUUACAUCAAGAAUCUCAACGAGAAGGUCAAGAAAGAUGAAUUGAAGAGAUCUCUGUAUUGCUUAUUCUCUCAAUAUGGAAGAAUUUUGGACGUUGUUGCUCUAAAGACACCCAAGCUUCGAGGACAGGCAUGGGUUUGUUUCAGUGAAGUCACUGCUGCCAGUAAUGCAGUGCGACAAAUGCAAAACUUCCCAUUUUAUGAUAAACCUAUGCGAAUUCAAUAUGCUAAAACAAAGUCGGAUUGUAUUGCUAAAGAAGAGGGAAGUUAUGUUCCAAGGGAAAAGAAGAAGAAACAAGAGGAGAAAGCUGAAAGAAAGCGGCGCGCUGAAGAAGCACAGCAAUCUGGGGUGGCUAAUGGAACUCAUAGUGCAAGUAAUGGUGGUCCAACAGCCUCAUUCCGUCAAGGACCCAGCACUCAAGAAGCAGCUGCUCCUAACAAUAUAUUGUUCAUAGAGAAUUUGCCUCAUGAAACUACCGGUAGGAUGCUCGAAAUGCUCUUUGAACAAUAUCCAGGUUUUAAGGAAGUGCGCUUGAUUGAAGCAAAGCCGGGUAUUGCUUUUGUUGAUUUUGAAGAUGAGGUGCAAUCAUCCAUUGCCAUGCAAGCUCUUAAUGGCUUCAAAAUCACCCCUCAGAAUCCCAUGAUUAUAACCUUUGCAAAGAAGUAGCUAAUCAAUUUUCAGCAGUCAGUAUUUUUCCAACUCUUGCCUGUAUAUGUGGGAAGGGGUACUUGAAGAGAUUUUUGCAUCCUGUAUUGGUUUAGAUCUUUGAGAAACUAAUUGCAGAAGUUGUAAGCUUACAGAAGUUAGAAACCAGCAAGCAAAGUGAGUGUUACCCACAUUUGUGAGAAUAUUGAGAGUCCCGGAAUAGCGUCUAUUGAUUGUAUGUGGUUUAUUUUAAUUUUCAGUAAAACAUGUCCUUUUUUUUUUAACUUUUUCAAAAUUAUAUGACCUUUUUAGCUUUGUAAGAUAGCUACUUAUUUGAUCAGCCUAGAUUAUACGCCAAUUUCUACUGUUCUU